AGUCCGGGGUUCAUCAAUAGCGAGGCGGACUUUAACUGCGGACCAUCGGUCGGCGCAACUAUUCCCAUACCUUAUCCGCGCGGCGCAUUAUUCAGCAGCUUGCAAGGGACGCCCACUAUCUCCGCUCCGCCCGAAUCGAUGACCCGGUUCAUGAUGAACAACGCCUUUAUCUCCCUGGAAACCCCAUGCUUUGAACAUUUAUUGUGAUUGUUUAUUAUUUGUGAGCGCUUUGCUUUAGAUAUCCCCCCUCCGCCACCUGGCAGGAUCACCGAUCUACCUUUAGCGACACUUGUGCAACGGCCCUAUCAAUCAGUUGUAAGCUUACGCCUAAGCUUCCAAGGUUCUCACUCGACGUCAUGUCAAGCCCAAUGAACGCCCGCGAUGCAGCCAGUAAAUCUUCGCUCUCUGUCGUCCUGCGCAAGUUCAGUGUUCUUGCGCAGCGGCCCGAACCGAAGAAGUAUCCGCCGAUCUCUUCUAUCCCUCGUACAUCAGCUGCACGUCUAGCUCAAGCUGCUGAGGAUCAUAUCAUCGAUCGAGACCAUCCUGCGCCAAAGACGUAUCUGUAUCUCGCUUAUGGAUCUAACCUCGCCGCCGAGACAUUUCUGGGCGUUCGUGGCAUUAGACCUCUGUCUCAGGUGAACGUCUCGGUGCCGACGUUGGAGCUUAAGUUCAACCUUCCUGGAAUUCCUUAUCGCGAGCCAUGCUUUGCGAACGUCGAUUACAGAAAGCUUCCUGAGAAGCCAAAGCUGCCUCCCAAGGUGCCAGUUCCACCUUUUGAGCCUCCGCAGCCACCACACUCUGAGGAGAUUAGAUGGGAUGAAGGUCUUAUCGGUGUGGUCUACGAGGUGACAGAGGAGGAUUACCGCACCAUCAUCCGCACUGAAGGUGGUGGGGCUGGUUACAAGGAGAUUGUUGUGCCUUGCAUACCAUUGCCUCCCAAGAUGUCCAUUCCCGAGAAGCCAUUUCCUGAUAUCCCUCGACCCUUUCUGUCAAGAACACUUUUUGCGCCACAGAUUCCUGACAAGGACUUGCCUGAUGACCCUCGCAAACACAAGUGGUGGUAUCGCUUUCUACUCGGUCCUCAACGUGAACCUGGCUACGCACAAGCCAGUGCUCGAUAUCUCAAUCUCAUCAAAGACGGUGCCCAGGAACAUGAACUCCCCGAUGGAUAUCAGCGUUACCUGCACUCACUACAGCCAUACACGAUAACGACGUUGAGACAGAGGAUAGGAGCAUUCUUUUUUCUGUUCUUCACUGUCUUUUUCUUCGGCACGGUCAUUCUUCUGUCCAAGUUUCUGGCUGACAAGCGGGGCAGAGUGCCCCAGUGGUUGGCUGUCACCAUGACUGUGAUGUUCACUGUGGCCUGGAUGGUUUACGAUAAUGUUUUCAAGCCUGUUUUUGGAAAUGGUGAGAGGACUGAAGAGAAGGACGAGAGGAAAUCGCACGGGCGGAAACGUUCUCUGUCGGCCAUGCUUAAUCACUUCCCAUCGGCAGAUGAGGAGAAGGUGGAAUUAUUGGGCGAGUAUAACUGAAACAGCGACGGAGUAAAUUUAGUCUUGGGAUUUAACUGUUAAUCGUUGGGUGAUGGGACAUCCCCGUACUUCAUACUGGCAUAUCGAGGGUUGGAUCAGCCUUCACAUUUACAAAAGUUCAGAUUUGACAGAUAUAGUUUCAUAUCAAAUAUCUCAAAUAACUAAAUGCAGGCAUUCGUAUCUCUGUUAAAUACACUGACCUCUACACGGAUA